AUGAGCCACCCGACGGCGCCCAUGGACCUGAGCGCACUGCUUGCGCACCCCCCUUCCCCGUCGACCACACACCCUGCAUCCAACGUCUACGACGGACCGCCACCACUCUCCUGCGCCAUCGAGCAGCCAACCUCGACAGCGCCAGCGGACCACGAUGCAGUGCCACGGCAUCGCGCCCAGGACACCCCCGAGGCAGCAGCACCUGUGUACGACAGUGCACAGUUGCUGCCCCACCCACCCUUGUCGACCUUGUCGACUCCCCUAUCAUCCAUCCCACCUCUGCAAAUUCAAUGCCCUGACUCUUAA